CUGUCAAAUAAAUAAAUAGAAUCUUUUUUAAAAAUGAAAUAAAUGGGCAGCCGAGCGGAUGGAUGAACGGAUUCACGCAAGCGUGGGUAGAUGGCGAGUGGACGGGGAAGAGAAGCGUUAUCGAUGAAGGCGAAACCGUCUACAGAGUCAGUGCAGGGCAUGCGGAGUCUGAGGUAACUGAGUGGUCAGAGUAAAAGUCGCGGGAGAAAACCGGCUAGGAGGCCGAGGCUCCUCAGGCAGCAGUAAAAGGGUUAACUAGUUUUGAGAAAAGGGAGGCACUCGAGCCCCCACACGAGUCCACCUGACCUCAGAGUAACCGCGGGCGGCAGCAAGCCUCACCCCGCGGCGAUUGCACAGGCCACGCCCCCGAGCGCGACCUCCGAGACGAGGGCGUUCUCACUACCACCAAGAUCUCUGGCUAGAAGGGCGGGAAGUGCACAAGAGCGCGAGCUUGGCCGCCGCACUCUCCUUUCGGUCGGUUCCUGGGUACUGGCUCUGCUAAAAGACAGUCAGGCCUUCCCAAUCGAAGCGGCGCUAACGCGACUCGGGGGCGUAAAUAGAUUCUCUUCUCACCUGUGCCUAUUCUCGCCAGUCUUUUCUUCUUCGGUCCGGCUACAUGGCCGGCCGCGCUCCCAGCUGUGGCGUCCCCUGUGGCAUCAUAGAGAAUGUGGUCCUCCGUAGGCUCAGUCUACCCCUUUCCAAGUGGGGGUUAGAGCGCCUACGUCAUUCUCUGUCGCCUCGGGCUGGGUGAGGAGUGUCGACACUUGAGGAGGACGCCGCUGGGUCGGGCAAACCCGGAGGGAAGCGAGAAACGUGUCAGGAUUUGGGUGUACAUUCUGAGCCUCAAAGAGAAGUGGAGGCUGCAUCCUGGACCGAGGGCUUUCGUCCCUUGAGCUGGGAAAAGCCUGCGGGAGGGGAGCCAGGCAUCUUUUCGGGCCUGAGGAGGAAAAGCAGAGUUGAUAACAGCCUGGGGUCACAAGCAUAGCUUGGGGGCAGGCCCGCAAGCAGUCCGCCAGCUCCUCAGCUCCGAGCCGAGGCAUCCACACCCACAGGCUGCACACUAAAAUGGCUGGCUAUGCCACUACUCCUAACCCCGUGCAGGAUCUUCAGGAGGAAGCGGUGUGUGCCAUCUGCCUGGAUUACUUCAAGGAUCCUGUAUCCAUAGGCUGCGGGCACAACUUCUGCCGCGGGUGUGUGACCCAGCUCUGGGGCAAGGAUGAUGAGGAAGACAGGGAAGUGGAGGUAGAUGAAUGGGAGGAGGACGAGGACGACGACGUGGAGGGGGCCAUCGGUGGAUGGGAGACCUCCAUUCAAGAGGUUUUGUACCAGGGCAAUGCCGAUGAGGAGUUGUUCCAAGACCAAGAUGAUGAUGAAGUCUGGGUUGGUGAUGGCGGCGUCAGGGACAACACGGACUAUGUGUGGGACCAGGAGGAAGAGGAGGAGGAGGACCAGAACUAUUACCUGGGAGGCAUGAGACAUGACCUGAGAAUUGAUGUCUACCCAGAAGAGGAGAUACUGGAAGAAUACGACGAGAACGACCAAGAGCUGCAUCCUGACACCCACCUGCAUCCUCUGGCCUCUCCACGUCAGUUCACCUGCCCCCAGUGCCGAAAAAGCUUUACCCGUCGCAACUGUCCCAACCUGCAGCUAGCCAACAUGGUCCAGAUAAUUCAAUAGAUGUGCCCCACUCCUUAUUGAGGAAGCUGGGGGAAUGAUCAGGGUAUCUGCUCCAAACACCAGGAAGCCCUGAAGCUCUUUCGCGAGGUGGGCAAAGAGGCCAUCUGUGUGGUGUGCGGAGAAUCCAGGAGCCACAAACAGCACAGCGUGGUGCCACUGGAGGAGAUGGUGCAGGAGUAUAAGGUGAGAGGCACAAGGAGGGAAAAGGGGUGAGGGCUUGAAGGGAGUGGAGAAAACAAGGGGAACUGGGAGAGAUGGGUACUUGCUAGUUGAACCUUUCUGUGAGAGAUGAGAGCACAGUAGUGAAGAUUGGCAUAGGUAGGCAAAUUGGUUGAGGCUGAUUGGCUUCCCCUGAGGAAGCUGAGCAAAGACAACAGUCACCAGAAACUUACUACCGUUAUUCCCUUUCAAUCUCAGUAUAGGCCACAUAUCCCUAGUUCUUGAUUUCCCUCUGUUGAGUCUUGAGUCUGUACCUGACUAAGACUACAGGACCCUUAACACAUAGGAACAGAAAGCUUGUAGAUAGAUAUUUGGGACCUCAGAGCACAAUGUCAAAACAGAUGACUGGAGAAGAAACACACAUACAGAAAAAACAUAACUGGUAUUGGUAGGCUGAAAUGCCAGGUUUGAGUCCUGGUCUAAUUAAGUGGAACUGGCCAUACCCCUUCCCAAAGUCUGAGGUUGCUUCCUCAUCCUCUGUAACAAUGGAUAUAGGGAAAACAGUUUCCCUACAGAGGAAGGCAGAGGAUAUAAAAAUGUUUUUACAUCUUUUUAAUGGAUCAGAAGAAGCUUCAUGCCCUGAUCACUCUCCUUUCCUGGUAUUUUAUCACAGUAAAAGGAGUGAGGGAUUUAGGAUUGGAUGACCUGGCUCUGCCACUUACUGUCUAAUCUUGGGCAGGUCUCUACCUCUUAGUUUAUUUUUCCCUAGGCUUAAGAUUAAGAGAGCAUGUAUGUGAAAGUAUUUUAUAAACCAUAAAGCACUGAACAAAUGUCUGCUUUUUUU